AAACCAUCUGAAGGCUGAGCCUGCAAAUAUCAGUUUGGCGCCGGAGAAACGUCGGAGUUCUGCCGGGAAGAGAGGAUUUUCCGGUCACUCGCAGGGGUUGCAUAAGUAACCUUCGUUGAGUAACAUCGCAGGCAGAACAAGAGAGAAAUGGUGCAGUUUUCUGCUCUUUUCAGUGGCUUGGCAAAAAGUAUUUCAAUCAAGAGUGGGAGGAAUGGUAGAGUUGAUGUUGGAAGGGAAGCUGCAGAUACAUUGACCAAGGAAGCAAAAAAGAAUGAUCUGAUCUUGAGUUGUCCGGGCAUCCUUAAAGGGUCUAAUAAUUUUGCCUCCACCUAUUCCAAGAGAGGGAAGAAGGGAAUUAACCAGGAUUGUUUUACUGUGUGGGAGGAGUUUGGAUGCCAAGAGGACAUGAUCUUUUGUGGAAUAUUUGAUGGGCAUGGCCCUUGGGGGCAUCUUGUAGCAAAAGGAGUCAGGGAAAUGAUGCCAUCAUCUUUGUUGUGCAAUUGGCAAGAAGCUCUUGCUCUAAGUUCAUUUAACCAUGAAGUUGACUUGAAAUUGGAUAGAAGCCUUCACCAAUUUAAUAUAUGGAAGCAAUCUUACUUGAAGACAUGUUCUGCAAUUGAUCAACAGCUGGAGCAGCAUACUGUGAUUGAUUCUUAUCAUAGUGGUACAACAGCUUUGACAAUUGUCAGACAGGGUGAUCUAAUUGUUGUAGCAAAUGUUGGAGAUUCUCGGGCUGUGUUGGCAACCACUUCUGAUGAUGGCAGUUUGGUACCAGUUCAGCUUACUGUUGACCAUAAGCCCAAUUUACCUCAAGAGACUGAGAGAAUAAAACAGUCCGGAGGAAGGGUAUUCUGUCCGCACGAUGAACCAGGGGUGUACAGAGUCUGGAUGCCAAGUGGGGAGAGUGUAGGAGGUCCUGGACUAGCACUAUCCAGAGCCUUUGGUGACCACUACAUAAAGGAAUUUGGUCUUAUUUCUGAGCCUGAAGUCUCCCAGAGAAACAUAACCAGCAGAGACCAAUUUGUGAUCUUGGCAACCGAUGGGGUAUGGGAUGUCAUCUCAAAUCAAGAAGCUAUUGAGAUUGUUUCUUCCACACCAGAAAGAGAAGAAUCAUCUAAAAGACUGGUCGAAUCUGCAGUUUCUGCAUGGAAAUGCAAGAGACGGGGAAUUGCAAUGGAUGAUAUCUCAGCCAUCUGCCUCUUUUUUCACUCAUCUUCAACCUCUCAACAAGAUGACCCUAUUAAGCUCCCAUACUAGCUUGCGAGAGUUUCAGCAACUGCUUGUUGCUGUUGCGUUCCUGAAUUGUUUCUCAGUCAAUCUUUAUCUGUAAAUCCUCUCUGGAAAACAGUUAUGUGACAUACUUUUCUCUUUGUUCUUUAAGAAUAUGAAAUCAAUAUAGUGUAUCAAUUGAAUAGUAAUGUCAACUGUUGACUAG